AUGGCUGAAUAUGCCGUCUUCGUGUCCUUCUUGGCCGUCGUUGUGUCCUUCUUUGCCGUCGUCGUGUCCUUCUUGGCCGUCGUCGUGUCCUCCUUGGCCGUCUUUGUGUCCUUCUUGGCCGCCGUCGUGUCCUUCUUGGCCGUUUUCGUGUCCUCCUUGGCCGUCUUUGUGUCCUUCUUGGCCGCCGUCGUAACUGCUGUCCGAACUCGAACUGUCGUCAUCCGAGGAGCUUUCGCUUUUGGAGUCACUGUCGCUCCCACUGCUGCUUUCGCUCUCACUGCUGCUUUCGCUCUCACUGUCACUGCUGCUUUCGCUCUCACUGUCACUGCUACUUUCGCUCUCACUGCUGCUGCUUUCGCUGUCACUGCUGCUUUCGCUGUCGCUGCUGCUGCUGCUCUCAGAAUCACUGCUAGACUCGGAGUCCGAAUCACUGUCGGAGUCGCUGCUUGA